AUGCAUAAGCAGAGAUCAGACAUUGCUCACAGAGCAUGGAACAUCCUCCGUCUAGCCUUGUUAUGGGCAAGAAAAGGUGGUUUAUUCAGGAAGAGACUCGUGAUGGACCUACUACGUCUCUUCCCCAAGUUCCUAAAAACCCUCGGACACUCCACCAAACGGGACGCAAUCCACUAUGGAGAGCGUGAGCUCUCCUUCGAAAACACCCCCAUUAUCAACAUCAAGAUGCACCGCCCAUCGUCAAUGCGAUUCCGGAUGCCUCGGAUCCCAUGCAUAACCCCACGUGGUGACUUUGACUACGAUAGCGAGUUCAAGGAUGAUAAUGAUGAUAAUUUUUUGAGUUAUUGUAGUGAUGGAGGAGCGAGAAAGACUAUCAUGAUGGGAGGCGACGACGAAGACAAUGAAGAUAAUGUAUGUGAAGUUUGUGAAGCAAUAAUUCCAGUUGAUGAAGGGAUUGAUAUCAAGGCAGACCAGUUCAUAGCUAAAUUCUACGAGCAAAUGAAGCUGCAGAGACAGAUAUCACAUCUCCAGUACAAUGAGAUGCUCAAUAGAAGCACAGGUUGAUCAUGGAAAUAGCGCCUGAGCACCUCCGAUUUCAUUCUUCUGCUUUUACACCCCAUAAAAUUUUGGCCUUCUCGGGCUUGGAUACAUGUAUACAAGCGCAUAUUUUGUAAAAGAGGCAUUGCAGAAUUUCUGGGAGUACGUUUGGUUGAGUAAUCAAAUUUCUUAAAUAAA